AGGAUCUGUGAGUGUGGCAGGAGCUGCAGGUGAGGCGGGACCUGCAGGUGAGGAAGGAGCUGUGGGUGUGGCAGGAGCCAUAGGUGCGGGAAGAUCCUGGACCCAGCCUUGGAGCCCGGCCUGGCAGCCUGUGCUGGAAAACAGGGCCUCUAUGAAACUGAGAACCUUUCCUGGAAUGGAAGAGCCACACCGAGAAGAAGAGUCCUUUGAGAGCUGGCUGGAUCACACCAGCGACAUGCUGUACCUGUGGUGCCACAUCACAGAAAGGGAGAGGAGGAGGAGGCUGAUGGAGAGCUUGGGUGGCCCCGCACUGGAUCUCGUGUGCGGCCUCCUGGCAGAAAACCCUGACGUCCCUGCACAGGAUUGCCUGGCCGCGCUGGUCCAGGUGUUUGGGAGGAAGGACACCCCCACGACCGCACGGCUGAAGUUCCUGACCUGUGGCCAGCGGCCCCAGGAGACUCUCUUUGUCUAUGUGAUUCGCCUGGAAGGCCUGCUGCAGUCGGCCGUGGAGAAGGGGGCCAUCCAUCCCAACGUUGCGGACCAGUUGCGCGCCCGGCAGGUGCUGAUGCGGGCCCGCCCCAACGAGAUGCUCGAGAACAAGCUGAGGAGGAUGCGGCUGGACAGGAGACCACCUGGCUUCCUGGGCAUGCUGCGGCUCAUUCAGGAGACCGAGGCAUGGGAGGCCACCGCAGCUAGGAGUGAGCACUUGCAAGUGGAAGAGGGGGCCCGUGUGGGCACCGGAGGCCUGGCCGCUGCCCGGGCCAGUGGAGAGGUUGCCGAAGCCUCCCCAGCCAGGGAAGAUGCUUCCCAGGCUGCCCCGGCCAACCUAGGGGCCAGUGAGGCCGUUCCUGGCAGUGCCGAAGCUGAUACGGCUGCUCCUGAAGCCCAUGAUGCCGCCAGGGCAGCCCUCGUCCCUGAGGAGGCCCCCAAGAUCUUCCCUGCCACGCAGGAAGAUGAAAAUGCUCCCGCCUCUGCGGGCCUAGCUCAGCCGCCCCCACCCCGCCCCGGAGACCUGUCGAAGCCCAGUCCCAGGAGAUGGCGGGAAGGACAGAAGAAGGCACGGCUGGUGCUGACCCCGCGACCUCAGGAAGGAGGCACUGGACCAAGGACAGAGGUGGCCUGCGGGAGUCUCCGUGGAAACCGUGCUGUGAUGUGCCACUCUCUUGUUACUUGUGACUGAGUUUCUUUGGCUUGUCCGAGUGCCCCAUGCUGCGUUUUGCAGCGUCCUGUGACUGUCCUGUGCAGGCCAUAGGGCAGGGCCAGGCCCCAGCAUGUCAGCAAGAGGGGAGGGUGCCCUGGCUAGCAUCCAUCAUCCUGGCCAGAGACUGUGGGGCCCUCAGGAGGGGAGACUAUGGGUGGAUGCCAUCAUGUUGGGGCAAGCAGAGGCACCUUGUUUGGGACCUGAAGAGGAGGGGAGCCACGACCUGUGGGCUGUAGUACCUGUUAGACAUUCUUCUCUAUGUUGUCAUUACCUCUCUUCAGUGGUUUCAGUAAAUGUCUUCAAUAAAGUGCAUUGAAUGUUUCA